UAGGGACCUACCAUUUUUGUCGAUAAACAUUGAAAUAGGUCUAAUUAUUUUGUUGGUUUUAUCGAUAAAUACGACUUACAUAGUUUUAUUUUAAACGUACUUUUUAAAUUUUAUCUUAUUCUCCAAAGAUGACAUCGACUAUUGCACGUAACUGAACUAUCAUAUAUCAUUGAUCGAUCCCCAAAAACUAGUUCAAUUUAUUCAUCAAGUUGAUGGUUCAUCCGGGGAAUUAGCAGAUAUUAGACCGAGUGAAAUUUUGCAUCAAAUAAACUCAAAUUUCUGGACUAACAAAGACAUCGAGACACUAUUUAAUAGUGCAAUCACAAUGACUCCAUCUGGAGAUGCACCCGAUGCAGAAAAGGGGCAGGUCCAACUACCAAAAUCUGCAUUGAAGAAACCAAAACCAGGUCCACUGCCCCCUGUUAAAGACUUCAAUGACCAUGGGGAGAAACCUCCUAUGACACCCAAGGAAAUCAAAGAUGCUAAAAAGAGAGAGCAAGAUGAGGCCUACUUUCAGCAGCGUAGGCGUCACAUGAGCAAGCCUAGUAAACUGGCUCCUCAGAAACCUAAAAACCGUGAGGAGAGGGACCAUUGGGGUCAUAAGAUGGAGUAUUUCUUUGCAUGCUUAGGGUAUGCUGUAGGAAUGGGGAAUAUUUGGAGGUUUCCAUACUUCUGCUACAGAAACGGAGGAGGUGCUUUCUUGAUCCCUUACCUGUUGGCCUUGGUUGUGUUUGGCAUCCCUGUGCUGUUCCUGGAAAUGGCCCUGGGACAGUAUGCCUCGCUGGGUAUGAUCACUGUCUGGAAGAAGAUAUGCCCUCUCUUCACAGGUGUAGGGUACACUGUCAUUCUCGUCCUAGUGAUGAUCUCCAUGUACUACAAUGUGCUGAUAGCGUAUGCCUUGUUCUACCUGUUUGCUAGCAUUACUGACAAUAUACCAUGGUCCAGAUGUGAUAACAAAUGGAAUACGGAGUUCUGUAUAACAACAAAACCUGGAGAAGCACAAUAUAACGGGAGUGUGACGAGUGUACUUGUGAAUGCUACCAAAGCGGUUGGGUAUAAUGCUUCAGAGAUGUUGACAACAAUGUCACCUAAUGCCACAGGCAAACCAAAGUUAAAGACACCAACUGAAGAAUUUUUUGAGCGUCACCUUCUUCAGGUGACAGGUGGUAUAUCUGAAGUAGGUGUAGUCCAAUGGCCUCUAGUGGUGUGCCUCAUUGUGUCAUGGGUAGUCAUAUUCUUCUGCCUCUGGAAGGGAGUCAAAUCUAUGGGCAAAGCUGUGUAUUUUACUGCUGGGUUCCCCUAUGUUGUGCUUACUAUACUGCUAGUACGUGGUGUCACUCUACCAGGGUCUAUGGAUGGAAUCAUCUACUACCUUAAGCCAGAGUGGAGUAAACUCAGUCAGCCACAGGUGUGGGGCGAAGCAUGUGUGCAGAUCUUCCUCUCUCUGGCCCUUGGAACAGGUGGCUGGGUCACACUGUCAAGUUACAACAAAUACAGUAACAAUUGUAGAAGGGAUGCUAUUAUAGUUGCCAUAGCAAACAGUGUCACAAGUCUCUACGCCGGGUUCGUCAUCUUCAGUGUCCUUGGGUUCAUGGCUUACAAAAAGGGAGUCAAUGUUGCUGAUGUGGCUGAUGUUGGGCCUGGUCUUGCCUUUGUUGCAUACCCUGAAGGCCUAGCCAUGAUGCCCGGUGCACCUUUCUGGUCCAUAUGUUUCUUUGUUACCAUGUUCACUGUCGGCCUUGAUAGCUUGUUCACUCAGGUAGAAACCAUCAUCUGUGCCUUGGUGGAUGAGUUCCCUAAACUGAAAGAAAAGAGAAAGAUUGUUACAUUAGUUUUCUGUGUCAUACUUAUGCUGCUGGGAAUCCCCCUAGUCACUCAGGGAGGCAUAUAUAUUGUGACAUUGAUGGAUUGGUAUGUUCCCCUGUUCUCCCUUGCUUUCAUCUCAUUAACUGAAAUCUUGGUGCUCAACUUUUUCUAUGGGUAUAAGAAAUUUGGAGAGGACAUAAAGACUAUGAUAGGUUUUGGCCCAAACUAUUAUGAUCUAUUCUGUUGGUUGAUUGCUACUCCAAUCUUACUUCUGCUGAUAGUUAUCUUCAUAGCUGUUAACUAUAAAGCACCUUACUAUGGUGACUAUUCAUUUCCUGGUUGGGCCAAUGACAUUGGCUGGUGUCUUGCCUUCAUUCCCUGUACCAUAGUGCCCAUUGUGAUGGCUGUCAUAUUUCUAAGGGCAGUAAGAAACUGGGAGACAUUUGUAGCAGUAUUUCGUGGUGAGCAAGGGCCACUGUUAAGAUCGCUUAUAACUCCAAUGCCUGACUGGGGCCCCGCUGUGCCUGAGGACAGAAACAAGAGAUACGAAAAGCAGGAAAACAAGAAUCGAGAUGCUGAGCAGGGGGCGCCACUAGUGGUAGAAAGUCCCAUAUAAGGAAGGAUAAUAACGGGGGACAGUCAUAAAAGAAAUAUUUUCAAUAGAGGGCUUUAACUACAGCUGAAGAUGCUUCUUUGAGGAUAGUAUAUGUGUCCUCACCAGUCAUGAUUGUUUCAUCUUGAUGAGCAUUGGAGACAUCAUUUUGGUCGUAGCAUUUGUGGAAGUCAAAGUUGUUUGGCUGAAUAUAUCUCAAUCGGGUUGUUGAAUGGAGAUCAUCAUUAUUUAGUCUCAAGAACUUAUAAUCAGCAAUUAAACAAAGUAUUACUGUAAAUUGAUAUAUUACAUCAUUACUUAUGGAUGGCCUUCAGAAUUACUUUAAAGGCCUAUUUAAUCAUUCUUAGGUCUUGUUCAUCAAAAGCUUCCUCUGGGAGUUUAUUUUGCUCAAAGUUAUCGUAAAUAACGGCUCUUUAAAAUAGACUAUUGUCUUAUCGUGAAUACUGGUAUAAAGAUGAACAACUUGUAAUUAGUUUAGAAAAAACCUGAGGCAGCUAUUGUGAAUAUGUCCAUGUGUAUUCUCUUUGAUAUUUCUCUGAACGGACUGUUAUAAAUGUCUGUGUUUGGAUAAAUUGGGCUUUGUUAUGUUGACACUUGAUCCAGUCAUCCAUGAUUCAUUGUCAUUAUCAUAAUAUAUUGGAUCUAAUUGAUCUAGAUUACUGGUCUGCAUUACUGGUUCUGCAUCCUUGAUCUGGUAUCAAAAAUCUUUAUCUCACUUUAGAUCAUUGUUUUUUUUUUGAUUUUCAAGUUGAUCACUUCAAAUCAUUUACGUAAUCUGAUCCAGAUCAUUCAUGUAGUCUCAAUCGAGAUCCUUCAGCUGAUCCUUGUCCAUGUAGGUGCUUGAUCUGAUCACAUUGUAUCUUAUAUUACGCCAUGCUUUUCUUGGUAUUUGUAAAUAAUAACAGUGUUCUUCAUAGUAUUAGAGUUGCACCCAAUUGAAACUCAAAAUUACAUGCCAUCUUUUUGAAAAUCUGUUUGCACUCUUUCAAGGAUGAACUGCUGGCAUAUUUUGGCCAAAACAGGCAAAAUUAGGAUUAAGAACCCAGUCGAGAAAAACCUGGGGAGAUUUCUGAGUGGUGCAUUUCUGUGUGGUUGGUGCAUAAUAUACUUCUAUUGCCAAUUAUACUGUAUUAUGGGUCUUGGUACUGUUUGUAAGCAUCGAUGCUAAUAUGUUCAAUGCAUACAAACUUGCAGUUAUAUCAAAUAGAAGUAAAAACCUGCCUUGCUGAACACCUGUAAUCUUUGAAAAUCUCAUUCAAUUCUGCAGUGUCAAUACUAGGGGAAGGUGUUCACAAUGGAAGGUUUUACUGUAUUGUCUCAGAGGCAUGACACUAAAAUGUAAACAUUUACAUGCACAAAAAUAUACUUUUGACCAGUAUAUAUUGAAUAAUCCUGUAUAUGGUUUUAACGUGACAUGUAUAUGUUUGUAUUGUAAAGCUUGCUGUAUAUUUGAUGAAACGGUUUUAAAUGUUGAGUGUACAAUAUUUCAUAAUAGAGCUAGAUGAAGAAUCUCAAUUCUACCCUUCUGUAUCCUUUCAAGAGUUUAUUUCCAUGCAUAUUAACAAAGUUAGAUUUAAAGAGUAUUUUUUAUUUUUAAAUGACCCCGUUGUGAUACAUAUGCAAUAUGCAUAAAAUAUUUUGUAUGUAUGAUAUUUUAGAUUAUUAUAAACGCAAGAUAUGGACUUUUUCAAAUCCAUGUUUAUUUUCACAUGAAAUGUGCCAUGACUUAAAGUUCAACUUCAUUCAAUAGAGUACUAUGAUGAAUUUAGGCAGCAUUUAGGUGCGGUUGACUUA